AUGGAGACUACACGCUGUAUUGGACGUGAGUCUCGUCAUGUUGACCUGCGUGGCGUGUUGGCUUCAUCCCUGCUGGUGGACAUUGACUAUGGAGACUAUACGCUGCAGUUGAAUCACGCGAGUCUGGCCGCGUUGGAUUUAUCCCUGCCGUUGGACAUUAAUUAUGGACACUACACGCUGCAGUUGAAUCACACGAAUCUGGCUGGGUUCGCCUGCGCCGUGUUGGCUUCAUCCCUGCCGUUGAACAUUGACUAUGGAGACUACACGCUGUCGUUGAAUCACACGAGACUGGCCGCGUUGGCCUACGCCGUGUUGGCUUCAUCCCUGCCGUUGAACACUGCCUAG